UGUGCAUGCGCGUGUGUGCAGGUGUGUGCACGCGCGUGUGUGCAUGUGUGUGCACGUGCGUGUGUGUCUGGGCAUGUGUGCAUGUGCCAACCCCAUGCCUGCAUUGUAUGUCUGCUUUCAGGUCCUGCACCCAUGCACUUGCCACUGUGUCUUACAGAGCAUGCUGGCCCCUGGAGCCCUCCCUGGUGGGCCCCCACCUCCAGCCCUGUCCUUGGGUUUCCCACAGUCCCUGGCUUGGAUCCCACCAUAAAAAGGGUCUGUAAGAUUAUUUCUUUGACAGUCUAGCAUUCCAUCAGAAUCUCAGCCUUGCUGCUUUCCAGCUUUGUGACUCUGAGCAGUUCCUCAACCUCUCUUAGCCUCUGCCACAAAUAGGCAUGAUGAUAAUCCUUGUUAUUUAUCUAACAAAUAUUUUUAAAGUGCCUACUCUGUGCAUUGGACUCUGAGGAGACAGCUGUGAACAUGACAUAGUCCCCACCCUCACUGAACUUACAUCCUGGUACAGAGAUGGGCAGGGAAUCAGUAAGCACAUAGAAAAGGGAGCUUCAGUUCUACUGAGUGCUAUGAUGCUCCACGGAGGAGUGUGAUGGAAUGCCAGGGGUCAGAGAGGGCCUCUCUCAGGAGGCAGUGUUGGAGUUGAGACCUGAGUGGCAGAAGAGGCUCUUGUAAAGAUCUAGGGAAAGAGCAUUCUAGGCCAAGGGUAUAGCUGGUGCAAAGGCCCUGAGGUGGGAGUGAACUCAGGGAGCGGAAAGAAGGCCAUUGUGGCUGAUGUGGGAGAGCAUGGGGGCAUGGGAUAGAGGGCAGCAGAACCAGCUCCUGCAGGACCUUUUCAGGCCAUGCUGGGGAGACUGGAUUCUAAUCUAAGAGGGAUGGUUAGAGGACUAUGAGGAGGGAGGGAGGGAGGUGUGUGUUUUUGCAACUCCCUCCAGCUGCCACAGGGAGAGUGGGGAGGGGGACAGAGUUGUUCAGGAGAGCUGAGACCCAGGAAGUGCACUCAACCCUGGCAGUUGGCUGAGCCAGGGUUCCAGUAUCAUUACAGGACCCACCUCAGCUGGUGCUAAAAAGAGGCUGCCGAGCCCAAGGUCAUUCCAAGGGCUGAGGCUAGUGGGAGCCCCUGCCUGGAGAGGGACUUGGAUCAGGCCAAGAGAGGCUACAGGGGAUCUUGGCCAAUGUCAGCCUGUCAUUUGCAGGCGUCUCCUUGGGAUGUUUGCCCAGUGGCCCAGCUGCGCCCGCUCCCCUGCUCUUGCCAGCAGGACUGGAGGUGGGAAGGGCCACUGCUUUGGGCCAACUCUCUUGGUUGAGGGUUUGGGCCCUUGAUCUCCUGGGAGGGUUUGGCGGGGGUCCUGGGAAACUGGGGGCUCAUUCUGCGUCUUCAGCCCAUUUAGCUGCAGAGGGAGGCUACUCCUGGGUUCUAGAGACAGCUACGCUGUGGGACCUCAGGCAAAGCCUUUCUGGGUUCUGUGCCUCAGCCUUCCUCGUUUGUCAAAUACGGUGGUAGAAAGAGUGGAGCACAGCUGCCUUUCAUCCUUAACCUUGUAGUGAGUUUGCCCUUCCUUGGACCUUAGCUCUCUCAGCGUUCAUGACAUUAAGUUUCCCACUGGCCCUGGGGGAGAACAGAGGUGAUACUCCCACUCUGUAGAUUGGCUCACAAAGGCAAGAGGGAGCAAUGUUGAAUCCCAGGACACACAGUGGUUCAAAGUGAGCACAUGGGUCAUAGUCUUACACCUCUGCUCUAAAACCUCCCCUCUAUGCUGCCCUCCCUUGGACUCAGCAAGAGAGGGGGUUCUGGCUCAGCUACUUCUGGGCUCAGCUGGUCUGCAGUCCAGGCAGGGACUCUGGGCCCCCCGCCCAGAGUAGAACUCAAUGCUGCCCCUUGUCUGCCCACCUCCAGAAACAAAGGACAUGGCCCAGUGCCUGGUGUUGGCAGGACCUCCAUCCUGCUCCCUGCUAAAGGAGGACAUAGCAGGGCAGGUAGGGCUGGAGCUAGCCUGAGGCAGCUGCUGGAAGUUGGGGGUGGGGUGGAGGGGGUCUCCCAAGAGGUCCUCAAUCUGUCCACAAUUCUAGCUUUGGUGCUGGUGUAGGCUAAGCAUCAAGUGAAGCUGCUGAUACUCUUAAACCUCAGGUUUCAUGGAGGCUUAGGCAGAGCCCUGACUCAAGGUGGUGGGCUCAGCCUCUAGGUAUGUGUGGGGGAGCUUGAGUCAUCCUGGUGAAGUCGGGUUGAAACCCUGUGCCCCAGAGCCAAUGCUCAUCCAGGCCCCUGGGCUAGAAAGCAGGUCAGAGGACUGGAACUCAGGCAGCAGGCCAAAAGCCUCCACUUCUUUUUCCUUUCUAAAUGUCCCGCCUCCCCCCACCCUCAGUUGAGUCUCAGUUGAGAAGGUGACUUCUUGUUUUUCCUCCUCUGAGUAUACAACCGGAGGGAACAGAUUGAAAUAGCAACUACAGCAGCAGGGAUUUGGGGCAGACCAGAAAGAAUUCCUUACUCAGUGCUCAACCUCUAGAGGUCCCCGAUGUCCUAGGAUCAGGGCCCAGAUAUUUUAGAGCCUGGCUCUUCAGAUGUUUAAAAGUCUGUGGGUUUUUGUUUUUUGUUUUUUUUUUCUUUUUUUUUUUAAAAGUAAAAAUCUCCCUUAUGCAGUCAUCAAAAUUCUAGGAGGUGAGGGUCAGUGUAAAUGGGCAGGGGUCCUAGGUCUGUCUGUUCUGCCCUCCUCUUUUCCACUCUAUAUUUGAGAACCCAGGUUAAAUAAUCUUAACUGGACUGUGGUGGCUGAGCUUCCCACAGGGGCCCAGAAUUCCUGAGAAGUGGACCCACCUCCCUCCCCAGGCUCUUGUUCUUUAAGUGGGACUUUUCUUUUGGAGCCUACCUCAGUGUUCCCACACUUGCCUUGUUAUAAGAAUCACAGGGGACCAUACCCCUUCCCUGUAGCUUCUGGUUCUGGAGGUCUGGGGUAGGGCCUGGUAAUCUGCAUUGUACCAAGUCCCUCAGGUGGUGUUUAUGACCAGGCAAGUAUAGGAAGUUUGAGCUCACUUAUAUCCCUGUUGUUGCCCCUGCAGCUCAUUUUGCUGCAGCCCAGAAGGCCGGCCAGUCCCUCUCCUGCAGCCUCUCCUGAACCCCUAGCAUCCCUCUCCAGAGCAGAGUGGUAGCCAAGGCCCAACAAGGGGAGGAAGGAAGUGGCCCAACCAGAACUGGGAGAAAUGGCCCAGAUUCCUGCUUCUCUCCAGGGCAUUUGGAGGGGCUGAUCUGUGUCCCCACUGGCAGAGGACACUUGGGGAGGGGUUUAGCCUAGCCUAAGUGGGCCCAGGGGCAGAGAGGGGAAGAGGAGAGAGCCAGAACACAGCCUGUUACACAUUACAUCUGCCCUCUCCAUCUGGGAUUAGGUUGGGCAGGAAGCCUCUGGGAAAUGUGGGCUGGUCUCAACCCGUUUGAAACAGUGGAGGUGAAGAUGACGGGUAAAUAGGUCUCCUCAUUUUACAGACGAGAAACAGACCCAGAGGGGAGUGGGGCUGGCCUGCGCAGGCCAGUGAGGAGGCCUGACCUGGACUCACACGAGGGCAUGCAGGGAGUUGGGCAGAGCAGGGCCUGACUCUCCUUCUAGUGCUCUCCCCAGAGUGCCCCUUGGAGGCCUCCUCAUGAGUCCUCCUUGCAGGUGGGCGAGCUCUGAUGGGGGCCCGGGAGUGGAGGGGAACCCCAGGCCUCCCCCUUCCUCCCAGACAACUGGGGCUCUGGGCUGUGUGUGUGGUGGAGGCAGCCUGGGCUCUGAGAGGCUCCCGGGUGGCGCCACCCGCCCAGCACCCUGGACAGCGCCCCACGCUGGGCUAUCCCUGGCUGUCUCCAGGCUUCACUUUGGCUUCUGGGGUGGGCCCUGCUCCAAUUAGGCUGCGUCUGUUGACUUCCUUGUCUCCUCUCUGAACUCCUCCUUGAAGACAGCCUCCCAGCCCAGUUCCCUCCAUUAACCACAAAGGAAUGGGAGGGGGCUCUGCUGGACCCUUCUCCACUUCCUCCCCACUUGGAUCUUCCUCAGAGGGCUUUGGUGAACUCUGGUGGGCACAGCAGAGACACAAGAGGUCUAGAGGAGUCCCAGGAGCAGCCAGGACAGGCAGAAGUGGUGGCUGCCAUGGAGGAGGAUAAACUCUUAUCUGCAGUGCCUGAGGAAGGCGAUGCCACCCAUGACCCCAGCCUGGAGCCUGAGGAGGAGCCGGGGGUCCGGAAUGGAAUGGCCAGUGAGGGCCUGAACAGCAGCCUCUGCAGCCCAGGGCACGAGCGAAGGGGCACCCCAGCGGACACUGAGGAACCCACGAAGGACCCAGACAUGGCCUUCCGUGACCUCAGCCUUGGCCUCUCUCUCACCAAUGGCCUAGCCCUGGGGCCAGACUUGAACAUUCUGGAAGAUUCAACAGGGUCCAGGCCCUGGAGGGCUGGCGUGCUGGCAGAGGGAGAUGAUGCUUCUAGGAGCCUCUGCCCAGAUGCUGAGGACCCUCAGCUGGGGUUGGAUGGUCCCGGGGAGCCAGAUGUGCGGGAUGGCUUCAGUGCCACGUUUGAGAAGAUUCUGGAGUCAGAGCUGCUGCGGGGCACCCAGUACAGCAGCCUUGACUCCCUAGAUGGGCUGAGCCUCACAGAUGAGAGUGACAGCUGCGUCAGCUUCGAGGCCCCCCUCACACCCCUCAUCCAGCAGCGGGCUCGUGACAGCCCUGAGCCAGGGGCUGGGCUGGGCAUUGGGGACAUGGGGUUUGAGGGGGACAUGGGGGCAGCUGGUGGUGAUGGGGAGCUGGGCAGCCCCCUGCGGCGCUCUAUCUCCAGCAGUCGCUCUGAGAACGUCCUAAGCCGCCUGUCUCUCAUGGCCAUGCCCAAUGGAUUCCAUGAAGAUGGCCCCCAGGGCCCAGGGGGGGAUGAGGAUGAUGAUGAGGAGGACACAGACAAGUUGCUGAACUCAACCAGUGACCCCAGCCUGAAGGAUGGCCUGUCAGACUCAGACUCUGAACUCAGCAGCUCGGAGAGGUUGGAGCCUGGUAGCGCAGACCCACUGGCCAACGGGUGCCAGGGGGUCAGUGAAGCUGCUCGUCGGCUGGCACGCCGCCUCUACCACCUUGAGGGCUUCCAGCGCUGCGAUGUGGCCCGGCAGCUGGGCAAGAACAACGAGUUUAGCAGACUGGUGGCCGGGGAGUACCUCAGUUUCUUCGACUUCUCGGGCUUGACUCUGGACCGAGCACUCAGAACAUUCUUGAAGGCCUUCCCACUGAUGGGGGAGACACAAGAGCGUGAGCGAGUCCUCACACACUUCUCCCGCCGGUACUGCCAGUGCAACCCUGAUGACAGCACUUCGGAAGAUGGGAUCCACACGCUCACCUGUGCCCUGAUGCUGCUCAACACGGACCUGCACGGCCACGUGAACAUUGGCAAGAAGAUGUCCUGUCAGCAAUUCAUUGCCAACUUGGACCAGCUGAAUGAUGGCCAAGACUUUGCCAAAGACCUGCUGAAGACCCUUUACAACUCCAUCAAGAAUGAAAAGCUGGAAUGGGCCAUUGAUGAGGACGAGCUGAGGAAAUCCCUGUCUGAGCUGGUGGAUGACAAGUUCGGGACAGGAACGAAGAAGGUGACGCGAAUCCUGGAUGGUGGCAACCCCUUCCUGGAUGUCCCACAGGCGCUCAGUGCCACCACCUACAAGCACGGCGUCCUGACCCGGAAGACUCAUGCUGACAUGGAUGGCAAGAGGACGCCCCGUGGGAGGCGUGGCUGGAAGAAAUUCUAUGCGGUGCUCAAAGGGACCAUCCUGUACCUGCAGAAGGAUGAGUACAGGCCUGACAAAGCUCUAUCGGAGGGUGACCUGAAGAACGCCAUUCGCGUGCAUCACGCUCUGGCCACCAGGGCCUCUGACUACAGCAAGAAGUCCAACGUGCUCAAGCUUAAGACGGCCGACUGGAGGGUAUUCCUUUUCCAGGCACCGAGCAAGGAAGAAAUGCUGUCCUGGAUCCUCAGGAUCAACCUGGUGGCAGCCAUCUUCUCUGCCCCAGCCUUCCCAGCCGCUGUCAGCUCCAUGAAGAAGUUCUGUCGUCCCCUGCUGCCCUCCUGCACCACCCGCCUCUGCCAGGAGGAGCAACUGCGGUCUCAUGAGAAUAAGUUGAGACAGCUGACUGCGGAGCUGGCUGAACACAGGUGUCACCCAGUCGAGAGGGGCAUCAAGUCCAAGGAGGCCGAGGAGUACCGGUUGAAGGAGCACUAUCUCACCUUCGAGAAAAGCCGUUAUGAGACCUAUAUCCACCUCCUGGCUGUGAAAAUCAAAGUGGGCUCAGAUGAUCUGGAGCGGAUUGAGGCCCGGCUGGCCACUCUGGAAGGGGAUGACCCUUCCCUCCGGAAGACACACUCAAGUCCUGCCCUCAGCCAGGGCCAUGUGACUGGCAGCAAAACCACAAAGGAUGCCACUGGGCCUGAUACUUAGCUGACAUGGAUGUGCAGACCCCAGGAUGGGCAGAUGUCCCCAGUGGGGUCGGUGAGCACAAUUCCAGCCAGGGGCCACUCGGACCAAGCUCCAGUCAGUUGAUGGGCAGCCAGAGGGGUGCAGAAAACCUGUGGGCCCAGGAGAUGGAGAUGCCGUUUGUGGCGUUGAUCUCCUUGCGUCCUUGGGCAUCUCUGGGCAUCAGACCCUCUCCCUGGCCUUUGUUUUCCUCUCCACCAUGGAGCCUCAUUUUGUAGGCCAGUUGUGUACAUGCUCUAGACACCACCUCGCUGGAGAAGCUGGAAGGGCUGUUGUCUUCCCAAGUCUUUCUCUUCUCAUCAAGCUCCUCUCCUCAUCUUCUUGUGUGUGAGGGCAGGUCUUGACUCCAGGUCUCAGCUGGAACCCCACCCUUUCUCCUCUUCCUUCCUCUGAGUUGACCAGCAGCAGGUCUGCAGACCACCAGCACCAUCCUCUCCUCCCUCCUCCCAGCAGCCUCCAGAACCAUGCCCAGGUCUCCUGCCUCACAUCACAAUAAUCUGGGACCCAGGCUUGUGCCCUUUCAGUGUCAAGUUGACUCCACUCACAUGUACGUCCACCUCUUUUCAUCCAUUGAGAUCACACUGUCUCCUUUUUAUACAGACACAAAUAUACAUCUAUAAGAAUAAUGUAUACAUAAGGAAACCCUGAAAGAUGGUUUUGGAACUGAAAUCAGUUAGAGGAUGAAAUCAGAUAUAGGAAAAGCCUAUUUUGGAGCUUCUCCUGUUAGGAAGGAUGGCUGUACCUGGCCCCCUGGCAUUCCUGACGCCCUAGGAGGGAAGGGGGAGGCAGUGCUGGUCUCCCUUGCCCUGUUUUUCCCUCUUCCAGCUGACCUGUGACUUACACUGCUCUUACAGUUGAUACUUUUGGAAAAAAUAGAACGUGUAUGCACCGCCCCAUUUGUCCCAUGGAUAUCCUGGGGUGUGAGUGGGAUGGGACCACAGCCCUGUUUAUAUUUGGGUCUUUAUGUUGGUGCUGCCAGGUCUCUGAGCUCCAGAGGUGGCCUCUUGGACAGAUCUACUGCUAUAGGAAUAAAAGACACUCUGCCUCACAAAUGGCCGCUUGUCAACAAGCCCAAAGAUGCUUGUCGGAGGACGGUUAUGGAAGCCAUUAAUUCUUGGUCGUGGGAAAAGGUGGAAUGACAAGUUACUGAUUGUUUUUCUGUCGCUAUUUCUUUCAUUUGUCUAGUGAAUCAGAAAGGCUUAGCCAAGGCCGCAUCUGGGAAGAGUGGAGAAAUUUGCCACUUGACGAUCACGGAUUAGCUAGCACCUUUAAGCCCUGCAUUUUUCCAACUGACAAGUGGGUGGGGGCGAUGGCACAUUCAGUGAGGCUAUGAAGAGCAAAUCCUCUCUAUUGUUUAAAUAGAUUACUGUAGUUUGGCCAGCAAUUUGGCAUCAGUGGUAACAUACUUAGUUAAUAAAAUAAGCCAGGCUUGCAACUAAGUAUCUAACUUUACAGGCCCACUCACAUUUGAGGCAAGGGACUUUUGAUUAUGUGGAGAGAUGUAAUGAUUUAAAUUCUGAUUAUUUAAGUUGGAUCAGCUGAAGUGUGUUUUAGAACCAAACCAUCUGGCCCCUUCGUUUUGCUCAGAGGAAGUAAACGUUCACUUAAAUGAAAUUGAAAACGCAAUGUGGCACUACAAAAGAGCUCUCUGUACUUUCUCCACGCUGCCUCAGAAGUCCUGUGAUUUUCGGGGUCAGUGUCCCACCCUUCACUUCCUGAGGGUGGGUGAGUGGAGAGCAGAGCCGGGAGCUCUGGCAGCUGUGGACAGAUGUGCUUCCUGAGCACGGGUUGUGCCUCCCAUCAGUAAAAAAAUGUUUAGUUCACUUCCUUAAUUGUAUAAUUAUUUAUUUGUAAAUUAUAUACAUGUACUACUGUACUAAAAUAUCAUGUACAUUAUAAAACAUACACAAAAAUAGAAAUUUAAAAAAGAUGAGAUGAAAAUAAAUCUAAGUCAAAGUUCUAA